AUGGUGCCUUUGAUUCCGGCCAGACGGAACCCUGGGCCGCCAGUGAUAAGUCCACGCCCGGCCCAAUACAAGUUGCCACCUCCGCCACGCGCCACCAACGGCAGUGCGGGCGAUCCGCCGACUGACCGGCAGAACGUCAGAGGGUUCAUCGACGACCAUACCAAAGACACCGCGGUCGUGGUCCAACAACAGCCCCAGCAACCGCAGCAACCGCAACCGCCGCAGCAACCACCGCAACUGCGCGCCAGAAGAUUCAAAGUGCCGCCACCCAUCAAAUGCAUUUCAGAGCCGCUGGACGGUGGUAGUCGCGAGAGUUACGAGAUGAUGACGCCCGCGGCGACCAUGUCUCCCAAUCGACAGGACAGCGGACAUUGGAGUGACUCGUACAGCGUCAACUCGUCGCCCGGCUACUCGACCAAGAGCAUGGAAACGCCACUGCUGUCGUCGCACGCCAAAAUGAUACCGUCCAGGUCAAACAAGAAACGUUUCAUACUCGACCGGUAUGUGGUGUGCGAUCAGUGGAAUGGCCGGGCCAGGUUUUCGCCGGCCAUCAGCGGCCAGAUCAGCUCCAGCAGCACGGCAGAGCUGACCAAGAGCCAUUCGACGCCAGCCAGUCUGCAGGCAGUCGUCGAGUUCAACGAAAACUCACCCAACUCGCUGCAACACCGGGUGUUGGGGACCGAAGCCAUUGAUGUCACUGAAGUUUUUAUUCGGCUGCAAAGGCGACAAGUGGUGUACAACGUCGCCAUCCUGAUUUUCAUUACAGUUCUUUUGAUAUUUUUCGUACGAGUGGGUUUGCCGAGCAGCAGUGGCGGCGGUCAAGUGUCCGUCAGCAAAACGGCGUCGACGAUUGUGCGGAACUCAAAUGCCGUGGCCUCCGCCGUCGACUACGCCAACGGCAGCGGUUUGCCGUUCAAGACCAUUUCCGUCGACGCCGACCUUUCUUCGGUGCAUGCCGCUCCCACCGGUCCGUCGUCAAACAUGACGGCCUCGACUCCGAAAAAAAAUAACGUUCCGAUCGUUCACCCGGCGGGCGAAGAUAUGUACGACGUGGCCAUUUUCAAUCCCAUGUAUCCCAUCGUCGACUACCCCAAAAGCACUUGCCUACCGUCUUUUUGUCAAAACGUCACGUCCACCUUACCACAGUACCUGUACACUAUACCUUACAAGCCAGAAUACGAUCCCAGAGAGCUGAUAGCGCUGGAGUCUGUGGUAAACGUCCGUUGCUACGAGCUGACGGCACUGUACUUUUGUGCUCUUCUCGCGUCCAAAGGCUGUGGAAACCGCAAAUUGAAGCCUUGUCAGUCGCUUUGUAAAGAGACCAUUCGGAGCUGCGGUUUCUUCUUUGACAUAUUUGAAGCGUACCACGAACAUCGGGAGUGCACGCAGUUCCCAAAUGACAACAACAACCCUAACACAUUUUGCAUCGGACACCGGGAAGUACUCAACGUCAGGAAAAUGAAGCUCAGAGGACUUUGCCACGAAGGUUUUAAGUGUGACAAAAAGAGAUGUAUCCCAUUGGAUUGGAAAUGUGAUGGACAUUUCGAUUGUGAAGAUCACACCGAUGAAUUGAAAUGUUCACAAUGCCCGGGUAUGUAUUUUUAA